AUGCCUUCGCAAACAUUCUAUCUUCUUGGGGAAAGCCCAUCAUCUGCAAAGGAAAUUCAGUUUGAUUCUUCCGCAAAUGUUGAUGAUUUGAAACAUUUGAUUGCCGCACACUUUGCAAUCGUUGAGCCAAGUGGAAUUGGCUUCCAAGGGGACAAAGCUGUCUUGAAUGAGCUCUCAGAGGUGCUGGCAGCACCUGGUCCUGUGCCCCUCACAAUCGACGGACACGCCGUGCGCGACCCUCCCUGUCCCAGGGAAUUACCUUUCGUCGGCACCUUUUUCGAAGUUUACCCCGACCAUCUCGGAAACCACCAGCGACUCUUUGAGCGAUAUGGCCCCAUUGUGAAAACAAAUAACCUAGGUCGUGUGACCUACCAGACCAAUGAUCCAAGAAUAGCAGCGAUUGCUUUUGCUGAGUCGGAUUUCUUUACCAAGAAGAUCAAUGAAGCGCACCCCUUGGCGGGGCUUAAGACCCCCUCUGCUGGCAUUUUCCUUGGAGACACUGAUACCGAAGAAUGGAGAGUCGCUCACAAGUUCUUGCCUCCUGCCUUGGGCCCGAAGGCGGUCCGACACUACGCCCCAACGAUGCAGAAGACAGUCGAAGACUCGUUCAAGGUUUUUGACGCGCUUGAUAAACAGGACGAGGCUUGGAACGUGUACCAGUACAUGCUCAAGCUGGGUUCUCAGGCGGUUGGAAAGCUAGUUCUAGGGCUCGACUUUCAGCAUUUUGAAGCACCGGAUGCUCCAGUUCAUGAGAUGGUCCAUAACAUUGCUGAAUUACUUUCUCUCAAUAAGAAGGUUACAUCCAUGGGUAAUUGGUAUGCUGGGUUGCCUUUUGGCGACCCAAAGCGACUCCGAACUUUGAAAACCAGCAUCGAGGACAUGGUUGCGCAGUCGAUGGAGGCGGCUUCGCGGGGAGGCAACGAGGAUUUGCCAUUGCAAGAUGCUGCUCUGAAAGCAGACAACAUGGUCGACUAUGCCGUUCGUGCGACUGAUAACAAGGGCGAGAAGCUGCCAAAGUCAAGUCUAACCUGGGCACUAGUUGUUGCCACUGGCGCUGGAUUCACUACGACCAGCUCUCUCCUAUCCUGGCUCAUUUACGGUCUCUGUGUGUACCCAGGCAUGCAAGAACGCCUUCUCCAAGAACUAGUAGAUCAUGGAUUUGACGAAAAUACCGAAAUUACGGCUGAUUUCACCGAUGAAUUGGAGUUCCUUGAUAAAUAUAUCAAAGAAACGCAACGCCGCCACAAUCCAUCCUUCCAGCCGGGCCGAACAGCAAAGGUUGACCUUGUCUUGCCUGGAGGGUACAGGCUGCCCAAAGAGUCAGUUAUAGUGCCCGCACUGCACCAUAUUCACAACCAUCCUGACCUUUGGGAUAACCCUGCUCGAUUCAACCCCGACCGCUGGGAUACCGAGGAGGUAAAGUCCAGGCACAAGGCGGCAUAUAUUCCUUUUGCAACGGGCCCGCGCAUGUGUAUUGGGUUCAACUUUGCACUUCAAGAGGUCAAGGUCUUCUUGCCCAAAUUGGUCUACCGCUAUAAGUUCUCCUUGGAGGACAACGGGCCUAUCGAGUAUGAUCCCAUGUUUCAGUUGAUCAGGCCCAACAAUCUGUACGUACGCGCAGAACGGCGGGUGAGAUGGCCACCAAAGUCGAUGCCAACAGCAGCAUAG